UCUCUCUCUCUCUCUCUCACUCACUCUCUCAGUGUAGCUGCUGCAGUGUGAGCGUGUCCUCCUCUAGCUUUAAUCCCGCACGGUUGCAGCAAUGGCCCUGCUGAAAUCAAGCAAGGUUCUUUCAGCUGUUGGGGCGUAUAGCCCAGCUCUGGGAGUCUUCCCUCUCCGCGCAAGCUCAUGGUGGACUGAGGUACAGAUGGGCCCACCUGACCCCAUCCUUGGGGUGACUGAGGCUUUCAGGCGUGAUACCAACCCCAAGAAGAUGAACCUUGGAGUGGGGGCUUAUCGAGACGACCAGGGAAAACCCUACGUUCUUAACUGCGUCCGCAAGGCUGAGGCUCAGAUUGCUGCUAAGAAGCUGGACAAAGAGUACCUCCCCAUCGGAGGCCUGGCAGAUUUCACCAAGGCCUGUGCUCAGUUGGCUCUAGGACCUGAAAGUGAAGUCCUGAAGAGUGGCAGAAGCGUCACUGUCCAGACCAUUUCAGGAACCGGAUCUCUGCGUGUUGGAGCCAAUUUCCUGUCGCGGUUCCACACUGCAGUGCGUGAUGUCUACCUGCCGAAGCCUUCAUGGGGCAACCACACACCCAUCUUCAGGGAUGGAGGCCUGCAGCUGAAGGCUUACACCUACUACGACCCAAAGACUUGUGGCUUUGACUUCAAGGGAGCCAUUAAUGACAUCUCAAAAAUCCCAGAGAAGAGUGUGAUUGUCCUGCAUGCAUGUGCUCACAACCCCACUGGAGUAGACCCAAGACCAGAGCAGUGGAAAGAGAUGGCUGAUGUGAUCAAGAAAAGAAAUCUGUUGGUGUUCUUCGACAUGGCCUACCAGGGCUUUGCCAGUGGGGACAUUGACCGGGAUGCUUGGGCUGUGCGCCACUUCAUUGAACAAGGCCACAAUGUUGUUCUCUCACAAUCCUUUGCUAAGAACAUGGGCCUGUAUGGUGAGCGUGUAGGAGGUUUUACAGUUGUGUGUAAGGAUGCUGAGGAGGCCAAACGAGUGGAGUCCCAGCUGAAGAUCCUCAUCCGUCCUAUGUACUCUAACCCCCCCAUGAAUGGCGCUCGCAUUGCUGCAGCCAUCCUUAACACACCUGAACUCUACAGUGAGUGGUUGGUUGAGGUGAAAAGCAUGGCAGACCGCAUAAUUAAUAUGAGGGAGAUGCUUGUCUCGAAUCUUAAAAAGGAGGGCUCCACUCACAACUGGCAGCACGUCACUGACCAGAUCGGCAUGUUCUGCUUCACCGGCCUCAAGUCUGAGCAGGUGGAGCGUCUAAUUAACGAGUACUCUAUCUACAUGACAAAGGAUGGACGUAUCUCCAUGGCAGGUGUGACCUCUGGAAACGUGGCCUACCUUGCACAUGCCAUCCAUGCCGUUACCAAGUGAAUCUAAUGCAUUGUAGAUGUGGUGUACUGUAGUGACAUUCGACUUGCACAAAAAAUGUCUCCCUUCAUAUAACUUGGGCUUUAUCUCGGGAGGGUGUUAAGUAGGACUACCCUGUUUAUUGUCAGCUCAUCUUGAUUGGCAUUCUUACUGUUUACCUGUGAAAUAUAGAAAAUAAAGAUUGAAAGCACUGCACUUGAAUUUCCCUAUGAGUUAUAUCUAAAGUCUGUCACUUUGAGUGAUAGAGAUUAAACUAUACUGAUAUUACAGAGUUCCCAAAGAACACAAUUAAGUGGCUACUUAGUGGCUCUAAUUUUACUGUAGUUAUUUUUUUCCUCUAUUGAAGUCAGUAAUCUGAACAUUUGUAAAUAGAAUAUUCUGAAUCCAAAGCACUUAAGAAAAAAAUGUAUUCAAACAAAUGCAAUAAUUUGAGGUCUGCCCAUUUACGGUAAAGCUAAUUUGUGUUAUUUAAUUUGCAAACUGUUACACAUCUUGUUGUCUGCUGAUUGGGUCCAUGAUCUUUGUCCCAAUAAAGUUCAUGGGCAUUUAAUUAUACAAGAAGCAAAAGCACUUUUUAGAGGAGUCUGUGAGUUCAGGGGCAGGGAAUAACAGACUAGCUGCAGGAUGUGUAUUGGAUAUGAUCCACUGCGUGUAAUUUGCCGUAAUAUUAAAGCACUUAUUCUAACCUGAUAAAUGUAGUUUGUACGUAAGUCAGACUGAUAUGGCUAAAUAAUCAACAAUUUGCCACACCAGAAUAAAAUUCCUAUUAUUUCUUUUGCACAUCUGAUUUAAUCAUUGGUGGGUGUAAAUGUAUUGUAGGUUAUAUGGAUUUUAAUAUAUUUGAAUGCAGGAUACAUGAUGGUUUAUAAAUACUCGGGUUGGUUGCUACUAGUUAAAAUUUGUUCACUGGGUUGUCUUAAUUGAAAAUCAUCAGUUAUCAAAAUCUCCAAUUUUUCUCCAAUGUGAAAUGUUAUAUGUAUAAUACCUCCUAUACCUAUACGCAGUAAACAAAUAAAGAUGAGCUUGUCAAA